AUGUUGGCUACAAGUACCAUGCUUCUAUCAUCUGGACUUACUCAAGAGGUCUUUUUGCCCAGUGGCGACGUUAAUAUGGAGGCAAUCUUCCAGUUAGAAUCACCAAUAUUCAAUGCUAAAGCAGAGUACUACGGAAAGAUGCAAUUUGUCUUCUUACGUGAGGAUGUAGGGCGUGAUGUCACUAUUGUUGUGGAAAGCACCAUGCUACUUGCGGAGGAUGUUCACCUUCCUCAACCUUUGGCCACACUUGAUGUAGUUUUUCGGAAAUAUAUAUCCCUAAAUGUGCGCACAGGGGACACACCAACCUGGUGGCCCAUAAGGAUCGCCAAGUGUGUUUUCCAGAUCCUCUUUUAUGGUCCUUUAAAAGGGUCCCAGAUACUUCAUCGGAUGUAUAUCGAUGCUACCGCUGCGCCUUUCCCGAGGAUCGAUCAUGAACGUGAGGUAGCUGUCACUGUGAGCCUCUACGAACGUUUUACACCUCCCUUAUCACUUCAGAGCCGUCUGCGAGCCAUGAAUAUUACCGUCUAUCAAAACCCUGACGAAGGGUCUUCCAACUCAUUACAGCGCGUCAAAUUAUUACGCAUGACAUUUUAUUCCUUCCUGGAGCUCCGCGGCGUAGUUGGCUGGUUGGUGCGUCACCCUGUGAUUAGUUAUGUUUUCCUGACAUUGUUUGUAUUUUUCAUUCUAUGUGGCGUGACAUUCAUUGUUUGCGCUGUGCUGGGUGUUGUUCUCUACCGUAAGCUUAAGUUUAGGACCCCAGUAACGGGGGGUGCUUUUGUUUUAGAUCCUUCCAAACCUCGGGGUCGGAAGAAACACUCGGUGGAAUCACAUCGCCGGCAAAGGUAUGACAGAACAGGUGAAGAUAAAGCAUUGAACCCUGUUUCACUUGAGUCGGACGAAUUCCGCCGCUUUGUCUCAUCGUACUAUUCUCUGGACUCAUCUGAUUCUUCAGUGGAGAGGCAGUCAGGAGGUCAGAGCUCAAAGUUCCCCAAGGAUCAGUGA